AUGGUUUGUCCCCUUUUCUUAAUUUUCCCUCAAAAAUUUCUUUUAAGGGUUCCAGUUUGCACCAACAGUCUACCUUCAUCAAACAAGUGUUUUCGUGCCUCCUCAUCCCCACGUGUCUGUUUUUCUCAACAUAAUAAAUACGAAGAUUCUUCUACUGACGAUACUGCCUCAACAAGUUUUUGCCUUAGAAAAAAUCACAAAAAAAUGUCUUCGGUUUCUUCGUCUUUUUCAAGGUUAAGAGGAACAAGUCUGACUGUAGAUGAAGGAGAAAGAGAAGAGGACGAGAAGAAAGAACGGGAGAGAAGAGAGGAAUCUGAUGUUUCAAUAUUGGAAGAAAUUGGAAGGAGAGAAGGGUCAAUAAAUGCUAGAAGAAAUAUUCAAAAACGUUCUUCAGGAAUUUGGAAUGAUCCGGUAAUCACAAUUAACGUUUCUGGAAUGCGUUUUCAAACAUAUCAAAGCACACUUGAACGUUUUCCUCACUCAAUGUUAGGCAAUCCAACAAAAAGACGAGCAUUUUGGAAUGAACAAUUAAAUGAAUAUUUUCUUGAUAGGAGUAGAACAUGGCCUGUUACUGUACCUGUGGAAAUGUUUAUUGAUGAAUUGUAUUUCUAUCAACUAAAAGAUGAUGUUUGGUCAAAUUUUUGUGAAAGUGAAGGUUGUAGAAUCGUUAAAGAAGAGAAAAAGCCUUUAAAUCCAACACAAAGAAAAAUAUGGAAUUUGAUGGAACAUCCAGAUUCAUCUUUUUUGGCACGCAUUCUUGCCUCAAUUUCUGUUGCUGUUAUAAUAAUUAGUACAGUCUCUUUUUGCCUUGAAAGCAUUCCAGAAUUAAAAUCACCUACAGACAGGGAAUGGUCUUCACCUUUCUUUUGGAUUGAAUUUUGUUGUUGUUUAUGGUUUUCUAUUGAACUCGUUAUUCGUUUUAUUGUAGCACCAAGCAGGACAGAUUUUAUGAAGUCAUUUUUAAAUGUACUUGAUUUUGUUGCUGUAGCUCCAUUUUUUAUUAAUUUAAUUUUACACGACGCUGAAAAUAAAAAUUCUUCGUCAACAUCAUUUGCUGUACUUCGUAUAGUUCGAUUAGUUAGAGUAUUUAGAAUAUUUAAAUUAAGUCGGCAUUUUACUGGAUUACAAGUGCUGGGAAAGACUUUCCGUGCUUCUAUACAAGAAUUCUUUUUAUUGAUUUUCUUCAUGGGAAUAGCUUUAGUUCUCUUCUCUAGUGGUGUCUAUUUUGCAGAACAGGGAGAACCUGGAACUAAAUUUACUUCAAUUCCAGCAACUUUUUGGUUUGUUUUAGCAACAAUGACAACAGUUGGAUAUGGCGACUUGGUACCAAAUGGAGUUUAUGGAAAAAUUGUUGGCUCGUGUUGUGCUUUAAUUGGUGUAUUAACAUUAGCAUUGCCUGUUCCUAUCAUUGUAGCCAAUUUUAAACGUUUUUAUCGUCAAGAAGUUAUAUUAGCCAAAAUGUAUGAACAAAAUUCCCGUCCAGAAGAAAUUAGUGCAUUUAUUAAACAAAAAGGGAAACAUGGAGGAACAUUUAAAAUUUCUAUUAAUGGAAUAAAAAAAGAUGCCGAUGAUGAUACUGAUGUUGAAGGAGGAGGAAGAGGUUUUUUUGAUCAACACAAAAUUGGUGUUGAUUCAAGCACUUUGUUGGUUUAA